UCUAAGGAGGCAGUUUGUAUUUGCAUCAUUUCACUAGCGAAAGAAGUUCUGUUCUUCAAGGAAAAGCUUCUUUCAGGGAAUAAAGGGAGAAAAUGCCACUGCCUGUAACCCUGGAGCCAGGACCCAUAUAUUUCUUUGACCAGCUGAAAUCUAGAACAAAAGAGCGGGGUAAGAAAAUACCAGAAGAACCACCCACUGAUUUCAAUUCACUCACCACAAAUUCUCAGCCCACGGGCUUUAUUCCCAGCCUGGUCAAAUGCAGGAAUCCUGGAUGUACAGCAGAACAUGUGGAAGGAAAUGAAGACAGUUUCUUAAAAGAUGAUACCGCAAGAAGAGAGAAAUAUCCAUUUCUGCCUCAGAUAUCUAGCUCUUCCCUAUUCAAAACUAGCAGUGAAGUUCCCAGCUCAAAGCUCUCUCAAAUGCCUUCAAUCCUUCCAGCAGAUGAAGAAAUACAGCCGAGCCUGUUGGAUGAAUAUAAAUACAUGGCUCCCACCAUCUUACAUGAACUUGGAGAAAUAUUGCAGCUCUUUUCUAGCUAUGACAUUAUUUUCCCUCAGGGAAUUGUAAAUCUCCUGAACUACAGCUGGAAGGAGCUCACUGAAGGUGCUGAUUACAGUAAAAGGCACCAGCAGUCCCUAAGGUACAAAAGCAUAAGAUCAGGGAAAAGCCAAGCAUCAGAAGAGUGUGAGAAGAUGGCAUCGGGGUCUGAAUAUACGGAUCAUGAAAUGACUCAAUGUGAAAAAAGUCGGCGCAAGAAGAGUGUUUUACCUGCAGAUUGUGCGAAGGAAAAAAGGAAUCCUGAAGUGGCACCAAAUAAGCCUCUAGGAAACAAAGGCAAGUAG